GCGGCACCGGCACCGGCACCGGCACCGGCACCGGCCCGGGAUGGCAGAGCCGCUGCGGCCCUUCCGCCUGCGCGGGUGUGGCGGCCCGCAAAAGUUCGGGGUAGCGGCCGGGAGCCUGCGCGGGUUGCUGAGGAAGGGCUGCCGGCUGCUGCAGCUUCCCUUGCCAGGCAGCCGCCUCUGCCUCUACGAGGACGGGACGGAGCUGACCGAGAGCUAUUUCCGAGCGCUGCCGCCGCAGACGGAGCUGGUKCUGCUGGGCCCCGGGGAGAGCUGGCGGGGCUGUGCCAGCGACAUCGAGCGGCUCCUGGUCGCGUUCUGCAGCCAGCAGGACGCUGUGGUGGAGGCUGCGCGGAGGCUGCUGACAGACGAGCGGGCUCCACACAGGCAGAAGCUGCUGGCGGAUCUCAUCCACAAUCUGAGCGAAAAUAUCUUGGCCGAGGACAAGGAAGAUGACAAGAAGUGGUUUGAAGGGCUGGAGUCUAGGUUCAAGAACAAAUCCAGCUACCUGCGACACAGCUGUGAGAGCAGAAUGCGGGGCUACAUGAGAGAGGUUAGUGGGUUUAUUCCAAACGUUCAUCCUGCAGCACGAGAUGCCUACAGAGGGAUAAUCGACCUGAUGGCAGAUAAACUGAAAUCUGUGAAGUACAACGGGUGCUACUUUGACAGAAGGGAGAAGGAUGAGGCAGCGCGUCUGUGCACYGCGGAGGGGUGGUUCUCCUGUCAGGGACCUUUCGACAGAGAUGAUUGCUCGUGUAAGCAUUCCAUCAACCCCUACAGCAACAGGGAAAGCAGGAUCCUCUUCAGCACCUGGAAUCUCGACCACAUAAUUGAGAAGAAACGUGCUGUUGUCCCAGAACUGGCAGAAGCUGUCAAAACACGAGACGGGAGAGAAGUGAACUGGGAAUACUUCUAUCAGCUGCUGUUUACCCUGGAUAAUUUAAAACUCGUACAUAUUGCUUGCCAUAAGAAAACCAAUCAUAACCUCAGCUGUGACAAAACCCGAAUUUACAGAAAGAGGAAGCAAACCCAUGAGAUUUCCUAGUGCUGUCUCUGGAAGGGAUCUGCUGCUUUUUUCAAUCAUGUCAGUCUGUUGUUUUUAAAUAGCUCCAAUUGCUUAAAUGAGAACUAUUUGAGAGUCCCUGGCAUGAGAAUGGCUGGGUAACCCAAACAGAGUCUCACAAAGCACACUCCAAUAUCCCAUUUAAUUUUCUUCUCCUGCCUUCCCACUCCUUAUAAGCUUCCCUCAGCUCAAAUCAAGUGUGAUAAAUAUAAAGAAUGAGCCAGAGCCUGACACUGAUUCUAUCCUGUCAUCUCUGGCCAGUGUUGGCCCAAAACUUACAGUAAAUGGAAAUGAAACUUGGACAAAACAUUCACGCUAAUCUGUGGAGACUUGUAGAUUCCUGUUCCUCUGGAGAUUAUGCCAAACAAAGGAUUUAGGAUCAUGUUUUACUCUGUGCCUUUUGCAGGUAGCAACCAGUGUAUUUCAGGAAUGCCAAAGGUGAUUCAGCAGCAGAGUUGCCACCUCACCUGUGCCAAACUCCUGUCCUCAUCCCCAGCUGCUCCUUGACUGUUGCUUCAGGUGUGCGUCUCCCAGAAAGAAGAGCAAGGCCAUGUCAUAUCCCUAUAUUUUUGAUUUUUCCCACCUUUGCCAUCUUCCCUGCUAAUUUCCCUCUCCUUUCUAACAAUUUCUGCCUCUUCAGCUUGAGUUUGCUCAAAGCACCACCAGCAAGGACAGCUACAAUGAUCAUGUUCAUGUUUACAGAAAUGUUUACCCACUGCCAUGGAGAAUAYUGCUUUGGUAAAACAUUUCCUACCUCAGGCAACAAAUCAUGAAUAGUUCAAUUUUUACUUGAAUUUUUUUUAAUACCAGCUGAAGCAACCAAACUUUUGGGAUUGUCAGUGUAAAUUGUGUGAACUUUUUAAAUAA